AUGCUAUACAGUCCAACUAUCCUUGGUGUCACUGUUGCAGACAAUGAAUUUGAACCAAAUGAUAUCUUAUCUACAUUUCCAUUCACUACAGUUGCUGAAGCUAAUAAUGUUACUGACGGAAAGUUUUCGACUGUAACCACUGAGGAUUUAAACAACAUGGUAGUAUCCACCGAUAUUUCGAUUCCAUCUGGGAAGACUAGCUUGCUUAAAGUCGCUACAGAUCAUCGACAAAGAGAAGAAUUAGUUGAUCAAAUUACCACUGAAUUGCUAAAUCAACUUGUCUCUGAAGCUAUCGAUUCUACGUUGAAUGUUCGAAAAUCCAACUUUCAGAUUAAAUCUCUUGGAGAUUCGGAAAGUGAUGAUGAUGAGGAUGACUUGUUAGACGAUGAAUUUCAUCCAAGAUCUUCAGAAUCUCAAUCUUCUUCGGAUGAUUCGGUGCCUUUAUUAGAUCUGGGAUUAAAAGCACGUGAAGAUUAUGAAGAAAAGAGUCCUGAAACAGUUAAAUCUAAAAUCUGUGUUACUCCAGAGGCGUCAUAUACCGCAGAUAAUAUUGAAGGGCUAUUUGCUGAUACACCAGACAGAACACAGCCAUUGAUUCAUCUUGCUGUCAAACAUUUUUGGGAUGCCAAGUUGAAUGCAAAGAGUGAAUGCGAAGAAGUUGUCCUACUGAAAGCUUCUAAUAAUCCUCCACCGGAAUUCUCAGUUGAUUAUUAUGACGAAGCAGAUCUCGAAUUGUUCAGGACUCAAUCAAAUGUAAAAUUUAUAAAUCGUGCUUUAUUGUUUGAUUUGAUAAGUGAAAUUAUACAAAGGAUUUAUGUUGGUGAGAAUAAUGGUGUUGAAUUACAAGAAAGGUUAAUUAAUAGCACUAACUCAUCUGAAUCGAAAACGUUUCAUCGCGUUUCAAGUGCUCAGUUUCGGCUUUGGCGUGGUCCUUGUCCACCAACCACUUACAAUCGUCUAUUGACUAUUGUUCAAUCUGAAGUUUGUCGAGAAUUGAAUCUUAGAAUAGAAUCUAAAUCGGAAAUACUUAAUCACAGUGGUAAUAAAACAAAAUAUUCUGGUUUAAAUGAAGUGAUACCGUCUGGUGCACGUUUAUCUCGUUUAGUACAAUGGACAUUAGCCAAAAAAUCAUGGUUAGAUCGUGUAUUAGACGUGGAAUUACGUGCAGAUGAACCAAGUUGGUUAUCGUAUGUGCCAGAAGAACGUGAGAUUAAAAUGAAGUUAGCUCGGGAACUAUGGGAGGAUAUACUAGACGAUGCUUUGAAUUCUGUUCUAGUCUCAAAUGCUUGCCAUUUGUCCAAGUAAUUUAUACAAGAUCAUUCUGUUUAGCGUGUCUAAUUUUGUUGAAACUGUAAUUUGAUUUUUUCUGAUAUCUAAAAUAUCAAUUUGAAACUACUGUGAUAUGUAUUUUUUAGUGAUCAAAUGCUUUUAUACAAAAAUAUGUGACUAUCAAAUGUGUAGAACAGAGGAAAUAUUGUUUGUAUCUCAGAUCUCACCUUUUGUUGUUCCCACUUCCUCUCAGCCAUAUCAAUUAUCCGUAAACCGAACAGAAUAUCAACAGUCAUAUACGAAUAAUUUAUAUUCUAUUAGCUUUUGUACAUAUAUAUUUUUUUGCGCAUGUUUUUUUCUCCCUUCCUGUCCACUACCAA